AUGCUCGUAGAUAACUUAAAGACUGAGCCAGUCAGUGCUAUUUGUGCUUCUCAGCAACGAGGCACUGCACAAGAUUUAGCAAUGGCGGACGAAUUGAUGCCAGAGCCGAAGUACGAUCCAGAUCCGAGUACAUCGGAGCAGUAUUUUGCAAUGCAAACAGACGAACCUCCACUUCCACUGAGUUAUGCAAGUCAGCAACCCCAAAUAACACACCACCAACAGCAACAAAUAAACCCUCUUCGUGUACGCACCUCAAUGCAAUCGGUAAUCCUUACCGAAAAUAUAAUCGCGGAUAUUCAUGUAUCCAUUCGAUGUGAUUACGUCGUACAUUUUAUCUCUACCAAACUCUUCUCCAAGAACAUUGUUGAAGUUAAUUUAGUGUACAUUUGUCACAGAACGGAGCAGUAUAUUGCGUGA